GUUAGCGUCACUGGAAGAAGUCGAGCCUGGUGCGCGGCAGAGAAAGUGAAGUGGAAUCUCAGGGUUUUGUCGGCUUGUCAAGUGAAUGUUGAAGUGAGGGUGUGUUCGCCAUUUACCUGGACGGCCAUCAGUGCUCUUGUGACUACUUUACUAAACGAGGACACAGAUACAACUGUACAUUUGUAUUUAUUGUGUUAACGCUGGCUACUCUUCUGAAGAAAGCAGGGUCCGGAUUAAAGGAUGUGAAGAAGGCUCUGAGUCGGGGCUCCAAGAUGAGUGUGACGUCAUGGUUCCUGGUCAGCAGCUCAGGUACAAGACAUCGGUUGCCACCAGAGAUGAUCUUUGUAGGCCGGGAGGAGUGCGAGCUCAUGUUGCAGUCGCGCAGUGUGGACAAGCAGCAUGCAGUCGUCAACUACAACCCCGCCACAGACGAGCACAUGGUGAAGGACCUGGGCAGCCUGAACGGGACUUUUGUGAAUGAUCUGAGAAUCCCAGAUGAGACUUACAUUACCCUGAUGCUCUCUGAUGUCAUCCGCUUUGGAUAUGAUUCUCAUGUGUACAUCCUGGAGAGGAGUCAACACAAGGUGCCAGAGGAGGCUCUCAAACAUGAGAAGUACACCAGCCAGCUGCAGAUGAGUAUGAAGGCACUGGAGGCAAGGAAGAAGGAGAAGGAGAGGCAGCAUGUUAAGGAGAAGACCAGAGACUCAUCCUGCUUCAAACAGGAGAAAGCCGAGCAUAAAGCUGCCCUCGCAGCAGUGGCCAGCGAGACUCCAGUGUCCAGACCCACUCCUCUGUAUGGGCAGCCGUUGUGGUGGGGGGAGGAUGAUGCUGAACACAGUGGAGGACAGCGGCCAGACGAGGACCCUGCAGAGAAUACUAAAGAGGGCUCCAGACAUGAGAUCAGCGGCUCCCUGUCAGACAGCCAGGCCAAGACAAUCUACUCGCACCACAGGGAGCCAAGCUACUUUGAGAUACCCACCAAGGAGUUCCAGCAGCAGGAGCUCCAUGAGGUUCCCACUAAGGACACUGACCCCCCUUCUCUCCCUGUCCCUGUUCUCCCUCCAGUCCCCACCUCCACACCCCCUGUGGUGCAGAGCCACGCCUCCUUCACCAUUGAGUUUGAUGAAUGCACACCAAGCAAGAUCAAGAUCAAGGACCAUGUGACAAAGUUUUCCUUCCGCCAGCAACGCAAGCUCCCGGGUAAGGAGGCGGUAACAGCGCCCACUGAGGUGAUAUCAGCUGAGUGCAAGGUGGCUGAUUGGCUGGUCCAAAGCGAUGUGAGCAUGAUGAGGAGGAGGUCUCGGACAGAGGACAUGUUCAGCUCAAAGAGUGGCCUGCCCAUCUGCAACGAGGCUUCCACAGGCCACCACCAUGAGGAUGGGACUUGGAGUGACUCUGAGGAUCCUGUUGUAAACGGGAAACGGGCUAUACAAUUAAAGCCACCGAUGGGCCCUCACAAAUCUCUACCACCCCAGCUGGCCCUCCCUAGACCCUUCACCAACCCUGACUCAGCGGAUCCUCAGUCUCACUCCCCUCCUCCAAGCCAGGACAAAGCAGACCCCCAGCAGGGCUUCGUCAUUGAGUUCUUUGACGACAAUCCACGCAAGAAGCGCUCACAGUCCUUCACCAACAACACAGGCCAGCUCGACAGCCCGGCCCUCAGGAACAAGCCGGAGAAAAGGUGCGACCCCAGCACCCCCACCCAGCAGUACACCAUUCCCUUGAAGGGCCCGGGUUCUGGAGGCCCCCAGAGGGCUGGCUCCCUGAGGAGGGAGAAGAUGGAAGAUCGGAUCAGUAACAACAUCUCCUCCUGCUCCAUCCCUCCCAGGCUGUUUAGAAGUGUGGGACGCAGGUCCAAACUGGCCCAGGACUUCACGGCUGAGUUCCUGAGGGAGUCCAGACAGGAGUCUAGGCCGAGCAUGAACACAACCUGGGAGAAGAAUACGUCUCCUGUGUCUCCUACCACCAGCCCCCCACCAACAGUAGAGGCAAUAGCACCCCACUCCCACCCCCACCAGACCACACCAAGCCCCCUCAGCCAUACCACUCAGACUUCAUCCUGUACCCACCAGUCUGUGCCCCUGAAAGCCCCUCUAAUGCCCAUGGCCCCACGCAGCCUGGAGGCCCCACGCAGCCUGGAGGCCCCACGCAGCCUGGAGGCCCCACGCAGCCUGGAGGCCCCACGCAGCCUGGAGGCCCCACGCAGCCUGGAGGCCCCACGCAGCCUGGAGGCCCCACGCAGCCUGGAGGCCCCACGCAGCCUGGAGGCCCCACGCAGCCUGGAGGCCCCACGCAGCCUGGAGGCCCCACGCAGCCUGGAGGCCCCACGCAGCCUGGAGGCCCCACGCAGCCUGGAGGCCCCACGCAGCCUGGAGGCCCCACGCAGCCUGGAGGCCCCACGCAGCCUGGAGGCCCCACGCAGCCUGGAGGCCCCACGCAGCCUGGAGGCCCCACGCAGCCUGGAGGCCCCACGCAGCCUGGAGGCCCCACGCAGCCUGGAGGCCCCACGCAGCCUGGAGGCCCCACGCAGCCUGGAGGCCACAAGCCCCAAAGGCCUGGGGAACGAGGAGGAUGAUACCUUGAGUGAAGCAGGCACCUACACCAUUGAUACAGAGGUCCAGGAUAAAGAGGUGGAGGAGGCACGCAGCAAGAUAGAACAGGUGUUUGGUGUUGUUGAGGGGCCAGAGCAGCCCAGCCAGACUGCAGCAGCAGCAUGUAAGCCUGUUGAGUUUCAGGACAGGGAGGAGCGUAGGGAGAGUAGCUUGGUGGAUCUGAUGCCAGCUCCAGGGCAGGGACAGAAUCUGGUGCAGGUACCUGGUGGCUCUAAGUGGGUGUCUUGCUGGGCCAGCCUGGCAGACAGCUACACACACUCUGGCCCUGCCUCAGGCCUCUUCGAAAUCCCCUUACAGAUGGACCUGUCAGGAGGAGUUGGUGGGAGGACCGUCCAUCAGGCAACGCUCAGUCGGAACAUCAAUAGUGUGGAAUCGGAAGGCCCGAGUUACAAAACACAGCGUAUUCCUUCUCAGGCACCAUCGAUGGAAAAUAAUGAGACUCCAACUCCCAGCAUUCUUAUCCAUCAGGACACUUACUCUACCUAUGAUAUCAAAGAGAGGAGCUUCAGAGUCCUUGGACCACAGGAGGACCUCCACAACCUGUCUGUACAGGACGACCUUGACCAAGACAGCCUGAGUGAUGCCAGUAAGUCAGACGACUGCUCCAUCGUGGAGCAGAGGAAGAUGCCCACACCAGAGAGGACAGACAAGAGUACAUCUCAGAGCAGUGAAAAGGAGAGGCCCACACUCCCAGCCAAGUCUACAUCAUUCUACAUUUGCUCUAAGGAGAGUGUGUCUAAACAGGAGCGGGGAUCCAGACCCAAUACACCCAGGAUUGAGAGAAAACCACCACCACAUCCCAACACACCACAGUUCUCCACAGCCACCCUGACCAAACAACAGGGUGGACAAGAAUUUCAGAAGACAGUCAAGCUCAACUCAUCAGCUCCCAAGCUUGACUACCAGGGCAGAGUCAGCCCUGAGCCCAACGAGAUCUCAGUGUCUCUGGUCAGGCAGGAGAGUUUCAUUAAGGACCAGCCAAGUGAUGCUGCAGUCACCAGACUCCCACACAUCUCCAGCCAGCCUGCUCUGAAUGACCCUGACCCUGCUGAGGCGUUCCAGGGUGUUUGCAGCCAGGACACCCACUCCUACCUCAAUGGGACCGAGGAUGCUCUGGCUGCCCUGGCGGCCAAGCUCCAGGCCCAGCCGCCUGAUGUUGUUCCUCGCCCCAUAGAUUACUCUCUGUCUGGGGAGUCUGACAUGGACUCAGCGAGCACUGCCAGCCUGCGCAACAACCAGACUGCCCCCAAGACUGGAUCCAAGAAGCCCUUGUUCACUAGUGGCCUUCAGAGGGAGAGGUCCUCUGCCAGCUCCUUCACCCAGGAGCCCAGUCGCCAGCAGUCAGCCUUCGAUCGCCUGUCUGAGAAGCGGCGGUCCCAGAGAGUGGACAGCAGCAGGAAGCCUGAACAAGACAGGAGGCUGGGAAUGAGAUGCUGUGUUGUAAAACAUGGCACCAUGGACCUGAGUGACGACCCCCAGAGCUUCAGCUUACCCUACUGGCCUGAAACCAUCUCCUCAGACCAGGCGGUCCCCCGGCCCGCUGCAUGCAAGAAGUACACCGUCCCCCUGCAGAAGGAGGAACCCACUAAGUCCUCCAAAGUGGCCCAGGCCCUAAGCCGCUCCAACAGCAUGUCUGCCCCACGGCCCACAAGAGCUUCAAUGCUUCGCCGGGCUCGCCUGGGCGAGGCAUCCGACAACGAGGUUACAGAGACAGACAGAAUCUCCCAGAACUCCCAGGAAGUCAGUGGGACCUCCAAGGCCUCCCAGGACAGUAAGAAGCAGCUCUCCAGGCUGGACAUGCUGGCUCUGCCCCGGAAGAGGACUAGCUCCUUCACCACUCCCAGUGAUACAGAGUCCUCAGCACCCAGGACAGGCUUCUCCAACCGCAGCACAGAGUCCAACAGCGGCUCUGGCCUUAAGGACUCCGUGGCCGGGCCCAGCACUAAGCCUGCGCUAGGCAGGGCCUCUGGAGCUUCAGGCAAGCUCAUCACCCGCUUCCGCUCCAGCAGUGCCAAAUACACCAGCAGCACAGCCAGCUCUAGACGACGACAGAAAGGCUCUGACUACACCUCCACCUCCGAGGAGGAAUUUGACUCUAUCCAGAGCACCCUUAAACACAAACGCUCACACACCCCCUCAGCUUCCCGCUCCCAGCCUCUCAUCCCCCCACGCCCCAAACCCCGCUCACAAGACUCGGACCAGGAGAGUCACGAGGGAGACGCCUACCAGAACUGUUCCUCUCACAGUGCUGAGAUAGCAAGACUGAGUCAGGACCUGGCUAAAGAUCUAUCCGUCCUGGCCAGGGAAAUCCAUGGUGUGACUGGUGAUGCUGAUCCUCAGAGCUCUUCUGCAGUGGAGGCCAAUACACCUGUCUCUACCAUCACCGCCAGGGAGGUGUUGGUCCAUCCCAUCCCAGAAGCUGGUGUGAACUACCUUAGAGUUCCUCCUGGAUCCGCUGCAGCCAGGGACCCCGACCAAACCAUUAUGAAUGACCAGGAAUACAACUCUAAGCACAGAGGAUGGAACCAGGAAGUGGUUGUUGUGGAUGAUCUGAUGUUGAAUCCAGUGUCCCAGAUCUCUCUGGCUAUUCGAGAAAACACAGAGCAGCUAGCUGAGAAAAUAAAGGUACUAUUCCACAACAAAACUGACGUUUGGGGGGAGAUUGAAUCAAAGCUCAAUACUGAAAAUGACAUCCCGGUCCUGAAAGGCUCAAACAAGGAAAUCACAGCUAUUCUGAAAGAGCUCAGAAGAGUUCAGAGACAACUUGAAGUCAUCAACACUAUCAUUGAGCCCAGUGGAAAUCUUGAGCCAGCCAAAGCCUCCACUCCUAGUGCCGCCUCCACUCCUAGUGCCGCCUCCACUCCUAGUGCCCCCUCCACUCCUAGUGCCCCCUCCACUCCUAGUGCCCCCUCCACUCCUAGUGCCCCCUCCUCAGCCGGGUUGAAGCCAUCCAGGGCCCCUUCGAGAUACUGGAGAACCUCGGGUUCCCAGCGGGGUGGGGUUCCCUCUUCCAGCUCUAGGCCCAGUGAGAGUGUCAGGAGAUCAGUUGUGGCCUCUGAGGCAGAGAGCUACGUGGUCUGAGGUUUUGGAACACAGUGCCUCCCCUUCACUGCUGCAUCACAAUUCCAGGUGUUGAGAGAGUGGAUUAGAGGGGGAAAUAGGCACUGCUAGAGAGAACUGUGGCCCCACCGCACAAAGACACUACUGUACUGUGUGUGCACUACUAGACAACUGCAAUGCGCAUUGAACUGCCAUGGUGUGAGAAAAGGGUUGUACGAGACACAAAGCCAUGCAGUGGUUAGUUCAGUCGAGGGAAAAUCACUUUAAAGGCCCAUUGCAACUGUUUAUAUCAAUAAAAAAACAAUUCUGGAUAACAUAAGAACCUUACUUUAAUAGAUAUAUAUUCAAAUUGACAAAAAUAACUUUUUACACAAACUAUUUCUCAGGCAAGAAUUUUGCUAGGACUGUCUGAGUGGAGAAGAAAAACUGAAAACUAGCUGUUCUUGGCAGAGGUUUGGAACUCUUUGUUAUUGGUCUAUUAACCAAUUUACCGCAU